CGUUUUUGGAUUAAUAGUUUAUUUUUUCGGUCCCCCUUUUUUCUGUGCAGCAGAAUGAGCGCUGAGUGCAGCAGCUACUACAGCGCAGACGAGGUGUUGGUGGACGGAUUCUCCUGCCCCAGACUGGGAAACGCUGCUGCUGCGGUCUACUGCUGCGGGUUUAAUGAUGUCAAGUAUUGCUGUGAUGAUCCCAAUAGUUUUUUCCCCUAUGAAUACGGAUAUAUGUGGUGGUUGAGCAUCGGUGCUCUGGUUGGUCUGUCCAUUGCAGCAGUAGUCCUCCUCGCAUUCCUCAUCACUGUAUGUGUCCUCUGCUACCUCUUCAUCGCCACAAAACCCAGUCGUCUUGACAACGGCCUGCCCCUCAGAGCGCCAGCAGGAGAUCCCAGUGAGGGAUCUACUCAUGUGAGAGUGACAUGCGCCUCUGGUCCGCAGGGAUUCAGAAAACACUUCAUGAGCCGGAAGCUUGACUGUGAUAAUCAGCCUCCAGACCCUGAUCUCAUGUUCCAGAGGUGUUUUACAGCUAAUGUCGCCAGGGUAAAAGUGGAGAGCCCCUCGUAGGCUGUUUGGAGACUUCUUUUCUAAAUAUGGGACGACAGCAGAGUCAGAACCUCAGGAGGCAGGGUUUGACCCCUGAUGCUGACUUAACACGGUGAGCAGCAGAGCCAUAGCGAAUGAGAAUCCUCACUGUGUUGUGCUGACAAAACUGAGCGAGGGCACACAAUGAGCUCUGGAAAGCCUUUGAGAAUGUUUUUAUCUAUUUCAUUGUUCUCCUCAUCAAGCUGCAGAAGAACAUGUUUCAUCAUCACAGCUUUAACUGAGAGAGCAUGUAUGGAAUUUAAUUAUACUCCUUCUGUUUUGUAAGAGACUAUUUAUAAUUGGAUCGAAGAAAUCCAAAGACUUAAGAAUGGAAUCAUCAAGGCAUCGCUUAAACAACAAGGGACAUUGGCCCAGGGUUGAAAUCCAGUUUAUAUUUCAGAUGUACAGUUUCAUGUGCAUCAUGCUUAUUACUUAUCGCAGGAAUAAGAUCCUCAUUAGCCAAGAAAGCAGAGUCCUGACAGCGAGGCUGUGAAGUCAGGGUGCUGUGGAUUUUUAUCCACGUCUUCUACAUUUUACUCAGGGACUGAACUGACCUUUGGUAAGGAUUGGCAGUGUGAUAACACAGUCCUGAUCAGAAAACAUUGACGGCAUUAUUGUUCAUUCAAAUGCUUUAAAUGACUUUACUUGAUUGUCUGUAUUGAGUGUCUGUUCUAUUUGUUAUUGUUCAAGUGUUGAUUUGAGUUCUGAGAGUGUAUGAAUGAUACAAAUUGAGUGUUUUCCUCAUACAAUGGCCUUUUUUUUCUAAUAUUCACCAAAUUCAGCCAAAAAUUAUGUCUAGAAACAAAUCUUUUUAAUGCAAGUUUUUUUUGGGCAUUUUAUGUCUUUUUCUUGAUAGUAAACAGCUUUGGCUGGAA